AUGCCGUACAUUGGUGCGCCUCACAGCAAACACCGGUUUGAAGCACUCAAAGAAAAGCUAUAUAUGGGGAAACAGACAAGAGAAGAUGAGCAUACAGAAAAGUCAUCGAGUUCGAUUGAAAAACCGCAGGAGGCAAAUACUGAAGACGAAGAGAUAACUAGUGCAACUACUGAUGGUAACAGCAGACCCGUGAGUCCAAAAGCACGUGCAAUAGGCGCAAGAAGUCCAACACCCAUGGCUGACGAUUCAUGUUCACUUUCUGCGAGCGAAAUAGACUUUAAAGAGUUUUUGACAUUUCCCAACGACUCUACGCAUGCAUACUCGUAUAAUCCUCUUUCACCAAACUCCCUUGCGGUCAGACUGCGAAUCUUGAAGCGUUCAUUGGAGAUUAUGAUCCGCAACCCCGCCUUAUUACUCGAGCACCACACGGAUAAUCAUAUUCGUGUCCAAACACCUAGUGGAAGUCAUCAGGAGUUUAAUUGGGUAUCCAAGCAUGGCAUCGAGUCUCCACGCAGGCCUAAUAUCCCCAGAAGUUACAGUCAGGAUGGUUUGACACCACUUUCGACGACAAGACUGAGAAAUGCGUCUUCUGCCGCUCUGACGGCUCUGGUUUCAAGUGCAAAAGGCUCUUCUGGCUCUCUUCGGCCCUCUGGAAGACGCACUGGGCCUUUUCAGCCUUCGGCUCUCGCAUCAAGGCCUUCUACUGCUUACAAGGCACUGCCGCCGCGUGAACCGUGGCUCCAUACAUCUAAGAUUGAACAAAGUAAGAGAAAUUCUGUGGAUGGCGCUUUUCAGCCCGAUUCCGAAGAUAUUUCGGCUUCAAUGAGGCAUGGAUUUCUUCACGACGAUUCCUUUCUUGAUGCCAAAAACGAGUUAAAAAGUCUACUGUCUUUACUCAAUGACGCGUUAGAAAACAACAGUACUGAAAAAGCUUCGGACCUUCACAUGAUAUCACUUUUGAACUUCAAUAAGCUUUCUCUAGAUGUUGAUCAAGACGAUAAGAACGCUCAUGAUUCUGCCGAAAGAGCAGUUAACCAUGAAAACACUCUAAAAAGAAAUUUACUGGAGAGUUUAGCACAGCCGUUUUUUGAAAAGUCGAAUGCUUCAGAAUAUGCAGAAGAGGCGGAAAAAGUUCUUCACCCGGAUGCAGAUAACGCAUCCACUGAUGAUUCCUCAUUCGUAAGUCUAAGGAGCACGUCCAUGAAUAACAGGCUUAUACACACCUCUUUUUCCAGCAAGAACUCAUCUCCACAGGCAAUUUUCACCUGUUUACAGCAGUUUCCGUGGCAGUUCAAGUCUGCAAAUGAUCUUGCUUGCCUGACCUUCGGGAUAUCUCAGAAUGCCCUGCGAGCUCUCACACUGCUUGAUCUGAUUCACAGCGACAGCCGUAAUUUUGUUUUGAACAAAAUUAUGGCUAGCGAGAAUCAGGAACAGGUUUUCACGGGAGAGAUUGUGGCUAUUAUUCAGCCGGGUGAGUCAUCUUCCGAACUGGUCUGGUCAUCGAUUUGGGCGAAGAAGAGGAACGGUCUUAUAUUCUGUGUUUUUGAAAAAGUUCCCUGUGAUUUCAUGGACGUCCUUCUGAACUUGGAUGAUUUCUCUGUGGUUCAUAUCGCUGGCGGUGCUGGUUUAAAGGGUACAAAACAAAAAUCAGACAGCAAAGAGCAGCAAAGCGCUGUUGGUGGAAAAGGGCCCAAAAAGAGUGUGAAGUUUCCUGACGAGAUUCAUGACAUUGGCGACUUGAGUCAUUCACUCAAGAAACUUUUGAUGGAUGUCCAAGACGGAACCAUACAGGUUAAAGAUGGCGACCUUUUACCUGCACCGAUUAAGGUUUCGCAUGCAAUUGAUGAAGUACGCUAUUUUACUCUCAACCAUCUUAACUAUAAUAUUCCUUGCGCCAUAUCUUCAUCAAUUUUGGAAAAUGAAAUGAAGCUCAAGAUCCAUAGUUUACCUUAUCAAGCAGGUAUGUUCUUCAUUGACUCUAAAGAUUUUACUUUGGUGAGCUUCAACAAGUCGAUUGCAAAGAAUAUGUUUGGAUUGCAUGCUUCUCAAUUGGUCGGACAAAACAUGUCUAUCAUCGUUCCUCCCUUUCGAGAAAUGAUAGACUUUAUCAGUGCCAAAUACCCCCAUUUGGACAUAACAUCUCCCACUAACAGAGGACUAGUUCUCACGGAGCAUUUCUUCAGAAAAAUCCGAGCCGAGAUGAAUUCCAAAGAGGAGAGUUUUUUCAACUCGAUUGGGAUCGACGCUAUACAUAGAGACGGAUCUUCACUGAAGGUCGAUAUUCAGCUUAGGGUCAUAAACCGCACGACGUCAUUACUGUGGAUCACACACUCCAGAGAUGUAGUGUUCGAAAACUACACAACUACUCCGUCGCAGCUACCGAUGCUUAAGGAAAGUGAGCUAGCACUUGUUGGUAGCGGGUCUACUUCAAGAAGUUCUCUAAAAACUCCUAAUGGGAGAUUGCAUGUGGACGAGCUGCCCAAUCUCAAGGAUAGCCUCAAACUUGACGGGAGCACAGUGGGGUCUUUUGAAAACCAUAGUGGCCAAUCAGAAGAAAAUAUUGCCGAUUCUCCCGACACGCCUACAGACGAUUCAAUGGAUGACAAUGCGGGGAAGUUGGAAAUGAAGCAAUUAAAUGACGAGAUUCAGUCCAAGUUGGACAUCACGAAAAGCUAUGGACAAGAUAAGUCGCUCUUCUUGAAAGAUACGAAUUUCAAGUUAAACGAGGAUUUGAUCUUGUCAUUGACGUCCAAUCCAUCUCGAGAUGAUAGUCCAAUGACAGAGUCGUUAGAAAAGGAGGCUGCUCGAAGGGGCAACCUCACCACUCCCAAAGAGACAUUUCUUACCGAGCCAGCGACUAACAUUGGGAGUCUAAAACACGUAAAGAAAUUCUCUGACUUUGCAGUAUUGCAAAAAAUGGGAGAGGGCGCGUACGGAAAAGUGGAUUUGUGUAUGCAUAAGAAGGAGAAUUACAUUGUGGUAAUCAAGUUGAUCUUCAAAGAGAGAAUUUUGGUAGACACUUGGGUACGAGACCGAAAAUUGGGCACCAUACCUUCCGAAAUACAGAUCAUGGCGACAUUGAAUGCCAAGCCGCACGAAAACAUUCUGAAGCUUCUGGAUUUUUUCGAGGACGACGAAUACUAUUAUAUUGAAACGCCUGUUCAUGGGCUAAGUGGGUCCAUUGACUUGUUUGACUUGAUCGAGCUGAAAACGGACAUGACUGAGCAUGAAGCGAGACUGAUCUUUAAGCAGAUUGUGUCUGGCAUAAAGCAUCUGCACGAUAACGGAAUUGUGCACCGAGAUAUCAAGGACGAGAACGUAAUUGUGGAAAGUAACGGAUUCGUGAAAAUUGUGGAUUUUGGAUCCGCGGCUUACAUCAAAAGUGGGCCCUUUGACGUUUUCGUGGGCACUAUCGAUUACGCCGCUCCAGAAGUUCUAGGAGGGGAGCCUUACGAGGGCAAACCCCAGGAUAUAUGGGCCGUCGGAAUCCUGCUCUAUACCAUUAUCUUCAAAGAGAAUCCUUUUUACAACAUUGAUGAGAUUCUAGAUGCCGACUUGAGGAUAAAUUCCGGUCGACAUGUGAGUGACGACUGUGUCACCCUCAUACGCAAGAUCUUGAACAGAUGUGUCAGUAAAAGGCCCUCUAUUGAAGACAUUAGCAACGAUAAAUGGCUAGAAGUUUGA